GAUCUUCUUCUUCUUCUCGCCCUAUACUAUACAACGUCAGUCAGUCGCCGGCCCUUGGCCUCCCGCAACAGCCAGCGCCCCUUCCCUGCCCUGCGCCGCGCCACCUCGCGCUCUCUACAAGGGUCAAGGAGGCGGGGAGGGAUAUGACUUCAGCUCUCCGGCGAAAGGCGGCCCAGAUGGCUUCCACGGCGGCAGCGGCCGCAGGGACGGCUUCCGGGUGCCGGUACUACUCCCAGACGUCGUGGGCGCUGCGGCGGCUUGGCUUCGGCGGCGCCGGACUCGCGCGGCCGGCGGCUCCCCGGCGGGCCUUUUCCGUCUCCGCCGCCGCCGUGUUCGAUAACGAGAACCGCGAGUACGUGAUCGUGGGCGGAGGGAAUGCGGCGGGGUACGCGGCCAGGACGUUCGUGGAGCACGGCAUGGCUGACGGCCGCCUCUGCAUCGUCUCCAAAGAGGCGGUUCCACCGUACGAGCGACCGGCAUUGACCAAAGGCUAUCUGUUUCCACCAGAGAAGAAGCCGGCACGCCUACCUGGUUUCCAUACCUGUGUCGGAUCUGGAGGCCAGAGGCAGACUGCUGAAUGGUACAAGGAGAACGGUAUAGAGGUGCUGUAUGAGGAUCCAGUUGAAGCAUUUGAUGGCAAAACACAGACCUUGAAAACUUCCUCAGGGAAAAUUCUGAAGUACGGGUCACUUAUUAUUUCUACAGGUUGUGCAGCUGCAAGAUUACCUGAGAAAAUUGGAGGAAACUUACCUGGAGUGCACUAUAUACGUGAUGUUGCUGAUGCUGAUUCUCUAGUAUCUUCACUGGGAAAAGCAAAGAAAAUUGUUGUUAUCGGUGGGGGCUAUAUUGGCAUGGAGGUUGCUGCUGCAGCUUGCGGCUGGAAUCUUGACACAACUAUUAUAUUCCCAGAAGAUCACAUCAUGCCAAGAUUGUUUACGCCUUCCCUUGCUGAGAAGUACGAGGAGCUAUAUGAACAAAAUGGCGUCAAAUUCGUAAAGGGGGCUCUUAUUGAUAAACUUGAUGCUGGAUCUGAUGGAAGGGUGUCUUCUGCUGUACUUAAAGAUGGUUCUGUUGUUGAAGCUGAUACAGUUAUUGUUGGUAUAGGAGCAAAACCAGCUGUCAGCCCAUUCGAAGCUGUUGGAGUCAACAAUGAAGUUGGUGGCAUAGAGGUUGAUUCCAUGUUUAGAACAAGUGUACCUGGCAUCUUUGCUAUUGGAGACGUUGCAGCUUUCCCCCUGAAGAUGUAUGAUAGAAUAGCUCGAGUGGAACACGUUGAUCAUGCCAGGAAGUCUGCGCACCAUUGUAUAGAAACACUCUUAACAUCCCAGGCAAAAGCGUAUGACUACCUUCCGUAUUUCUACUCUCGAAUUUUUGAGUAUGAAGGAAGCUCGAGGAAAAUUUGGUGGCAAUUUUAUGGCGAUAAUGUUGGUGAAACAGUUGAAGUAGGGAACUUUGAUCCAAAGAUUGCUACCUUCUGGAUUGACACUGAUGAUCGAUUGAAGGGUGUGUUCCUUGAGAGUGGAACCUCGGAGGAAUUCUCGCUUCUUCCACAGCUAGCGAGAUCUCAGCCUGUUGUCGACAAGGCCAAGCUCAAGAGCGCGACUUCUGUCGAAGACGCAUUAGACAUCGCAAGAAGCUCUCUUCUGUCCGGGUCUUCUGUUUAGUUUACUGCUCAACAGCUAGGCCUUCUCCAGUUUGGGUGCUGCUGCUGCUGCAACUUUUGAAAUCUCAGGACUUUGAUAUCAUAAUGCGCAAUUCCACAUCAUUCAUUUUAUGCGGGAUUUGUAAUAUUCUUCGAUGUACCUGUGACCGCCUUUUUCUAGCUUGAAAUAAACUUUGUCCGCCUUGGAGGUGUUGAGGAAAUACGAAGGAGUAGAGUGGGAAAUCUUUUCUUUUGCUGGUUUCAGCUUUGAAGGUGUAUAAUUUGGAGGCGAGUUAAAGAUACUUGUGAUCAUAUGAUUA